AUGGUUCUAGAAGGAAAUGGUGUGGGUGAAGGCCCUGUCCUGCAAAAACCAGGCAGCAAGUGUAUAGGCAGGAGGGGCCAGGGCAAAGCAGGAGAAGAUGGUGAGACUAGCACCAGAAUUGGAGAGUCAACUUCAGGGGAGGAAAUUACAGUAAAAUCUGAACCAUUGACUCAAGAAUCUGGCAACCCUAGAGAUGGUAUUCCCCAGGAUUCAGAAUGCAAAGAAUUCUGUGGAUUAAUGGAUAAAUUAAAUGAAAAUGAUCAAAACCACUUUAAAAGAACACAGUAUAGCUGUAAUGAAUGUGGGCAAAGCUUUGCUUGGAAUACAGAACUUAUAAGACAUCGAAGAACCCAUCAGGAGAAACCCUAUAAAUGUGACAAAUGUAGAAAGGCAUUUAGUGUAAGCUCAGCUCUGAUUCUUCAUCAAAGAAUUCAUACUGAUGAAAAACCCUAUCCUUGUAGAUGGUGUAUUAAAUGUUUCAGUAGGAACUCAGACCUUAUUAAACAUCAAAGAGUUCACACAGGUGAAAAACCUUUUAAAUGUGAUGAAUGUGGGAAAGCUUUUAGUCAGAGCUCAGAUCUUACUAUACAUCAGAGAAUCCAUACAGGAGAAAAACCCUAUCAGUGCAAUCAUUGUAGUAAAAGUUUUAGCCAGCGCUCAGAUCUGAUUAAACAUCAGAGAAUUCAUACCGGAGAGAAGCCUUAUAGAUGUAACGAGUGUAACAGACAUUUUAGUCAGAGUUCCGAUGUUAUAAAACAUCAAAGAAUACACACUGGUGAAAAACCAUACAAAUGUAAUGUGUGUGGAAAAGCCUUCUGUCAGAGUUCAGAUCUUAUUCUGCAUCAGAGAAUCCACACUGGAGAGAAACCAUAUCCAUGUAAUCAGUGUAGCAAAAGUUUCAGUCAGAACUCAGAUCUUGUUAAACAUCAAAGGAUCCACACUGGAGAGAAACCCUAUAAGUGUAAUGAAUGUGAAAAAGCUUUUAAUCAGAGCUCAGUCCUUAUUCUGCAUCAGAGAAUUCACACUGGAGAGAGACCUUACCCAUGUAACCAGUGUGACAAAACCUUCAGUAGACUUUCAGAUCUAAUUAAUCACAAACGAAUGCACACUGGAGAGAAGCCUUAUUCAUGUAAGCACUGCAGUAAAGUGUUUAGUCGACGAUCAGAUCUUGUUAAGCAUCAUAGAAUUCACACAGGUGAGAAACCCUACAAAUGUGAUGAGUGUGGAAAAUCCUUCAGUCAGAGUUCAAGCCUUAUUCUUCAUCAGAGAAUCCACACUGGAGAGAAACCUUAUCCUUGUAGUGUGUGUAUUAAGAGUUUUAGUCGUCGUUCAGACCUUGUCAAACAUAACAGAAUCCACACUGGGGAGAAGCCAUAUGUAUGUAAUCAGUGCAAUAAAAGCUUUAGUCAGAGCUCAGACCUUACCAAACACCGGAGAAUUCACUCUGGGGAAAAACCCUGUCAUUGUGAUAGUUGUGACAAAGUCUUCAGUCAGAUCUCUGACUUUGCUCUUCAUCAGAGAACUCACACGGGAGAAAAACCAGAUACCUGCACAGAGCAGUAA